UGUGCCUUUUUGAACACCCUCAACUCGGGUACCUAUUUUCAAACCGAGCGCCAGUUUGCCUCUAAUGAGCAACGAGCGCGUUUAUUUGUGUGUAUGAAGAUGUUUGCUUUCGAAAAACCGAAAUUAAAAAUUUGUCAUUCCCAGUUUUCUGAUAGAGCGUUGCGCGUGAAGCGGACUGGCACUAGCACUUUUCCGAACAGUUUACUACCGUCGUCCGUGGCGCGGUUUGCCAUUCCCGGUCGGUUACCGAAUAUUUCAUCUCGUCUCUCAAGGUAUUUCUUCUGGCAUGCCACAGACGAGAUCAAUGGAAAUAUCCAAUCCAUUUUUUUUUGCUGUUGUUUCUCGUGUGAAUUUAAUAUGAAAUAUCUACCGCUUAGUGUCCCCCGAGUUUCGCAUUUUCCUUAGCUCUACCUUUCUUUUUCCUGAUUGAAAAACGUCAGCGCACGAACAUUAAUCGUGGGAAGAAAUUUAUUAAUGGUUUACCGUGUAGAAUGGUGCUGAAGGAAUGGAGGUCUCGCAAGAAAAUUCCAACGAAUGACACAUAUAAAUGAAGAAUGACGAAGAGUGUAACGAACUACGGUCCUUGUGGAAUUGUGAUUUACGUAGCUUAUUUUUCUAUUUAUUCCAAGUCAUUGUGUGAACAAGCGUUCAGAAAGGAGGAUUGAAAUUUGUGAAGAUGUAAACUUAGGUUAUAGAGGACUUCGUUUGGGAAAUUCCCUUCACUGUGAUUUCUCACCUUAAGCCAACUCAAUCCGUUCUAUUUAUUGUGCGAAAUGAAGGUCGUAAAUGAAAAAUAAACAUUGUUGCCACGGUUACGAAAUUGUUUUUAUAGAAUUAAUCGAGACUAUUAAAUGUCGGAAUGAAAUUCCCGAUUUUACUAAUUAAUUAAUCACGAAUGUGUCAAACGGAAACGUCGCUCCUUACGUCAAGCAUCUGCUACGAAUUCCGGAGCAAAAAUGUUUAACCGAAGUGUGAUCUAAACAUAUACGUAUUCUUGAACAACCAUCUGGGUUGUGCACAACGCUUAAUACAGGAAAAAAUAAUCAAUGUACUUAUAAUUUACGCCUUUGUGACCUCGUGUAGGCUAAUGAAGGUUACAAAAGUGUAACAAGCAACUCACCAAAGCGGAUUGAAGAGGAAAACAGUGAAUUAGCUCGAAAAGAAAACUUUUUUUCGUUUACCGACUUUUCCCAUCACCUAUCGUGACUCGAAAGAUGGAAGAGGAGGACGACAAAGUGUGCCCCUUGGAAGGGUAUGUUCAGCAGCAGCAGCAGCAUAUUAGAUCAAUGUUCCAACACCAGUACCAACAACAGCAACAGCAACAAAAACAACAACAACAACAACAACAACAACAUCAACAACAACACCACCAUGUGGUCGUCCAAGAGCCUGAUUCGGCCGAGGAACAAGUUGCCGAAGCAAUCGGUGAUUAUGGCCUGAAACCCGACCGACUGAUGGAAAACGUUCGAUUUCAUGGGAAUUUUGCAGCAACAAGUGUGACUACAAACGCAAGCGUACAAUCAUUUCAAUCUGUACUAACUUCGUCAUCCGCGUCGACGGCGUCCUCGGUAUCCUCGAAGAAAACCAAGUUCCACAGUUUUCUGCAGAGCAGCAGCGCAGCAACGACGCAGCAAAGUUUGUCCAGCCUUGGAGCUGCUUCUUCUGGUUUUCAUCAAGCGCUUGCCUCCCCGUCUUUGAAGUCUCCCCACACAUUUUCCGGAUUGGUCGCAAUUUCUUCGGCACCGUCACUUUCAACAAACCCACAGCUAGGAAUUUCUUCUGGCUUCGAAAAAAUGUUUAGUGAAAUGGAAGCGAGCAAUGAGUUGAAGCUCAAAAAAAGCCUCCAAUUUAAUCGCAGAAUUUCAAUUCUCAGUCCUGCCCAUCUGAACAUACGUAGUGAGCAGACUAAAGAAGAAAGAACCUCCUGUUACAUAAACGCUGAAGCAUUGGAUUUCGACGUCGAAAAUGGCCAAGGUUCACGAUCACCGCUGGAAGGUGGAUCACCAGCAGCCGCCGCUGCCGCCGGUUUGGUACUGCAGAAUCUACCUCAGCGAAGAGAAUCCUUUCUAUAUCGGUCCGAUUCGGAUUUCGAGAUGUCCCCAAAAUCGAUGUCAAGGAACUCCAGCAUCGCCAGUGAAAGACUCAAAGAAGUGGAAGCACCCACGAUUACCAGCACAGAACGAACGCAUGUGGAAGAUCUGAUCGUUACACCAUUUGCGCAAAUUCUCGCAAGCCUACGUUCAAUACGAUCGAACUUCUUCAACCUGACAAAUGUUUCACCGCCCAAAUCAAAACGAAAUAACGUUCAAGUGACACCAUCGCCCAAGGCACUGACCCCUGGGGACGAAUCGUAUGUAAAGCUGGCUUUAGAUACGAUCGACGAGUUGGAUUGGUGCCUGGAUCAGCUGGAAACGGUACAAACGCAUCGCAGUGUGUCGGACAUGGCAUCUCUGAAGUUCAAGCGGAUGCUGAAUAAGGAACUAUCACAUCUUAGCGAAUCAAGCAAAUCUGGCAACCAGAUAUCUGAAUAUAUUAGUUCGACUUUCUUAGAUAAACAACAGGAGCUGGAUAUCCCCUACAGUAGAGAUGAUUCGGAUAUGCAUAACCCAAGCUCACUUUCCCGAAGCCGGUCGCCCCGGAUGGGUGAACGGAUGUCCCAGAUAUCCGGCUUCAAGCGACCGUUGCAGCAUACGAAUUCUUUCACCAGUGAUCGAUUGCCGCAGUACGGAGUCGAUACGCCACACGAACACCAGUUGGGGCCGGUUCUCAACCAGAUCGACACCUGGGGCAUCGACAUUUUCAGAAUCGAAACUCUAAGCAACAAUCGACCGCUGACCUGUGUAGCUUUUGCUAUCUUUCAGGAAAGGGACAUACUGAACACUCUUAUGAUACCAUCCAAAGUUUUUCUAGCGUUUAUGACAACCUUAGAGGAUCAUUAUGUUAAGGAUAAUCCAUUUCACAACUCACUGCACGCAGCGGAUGUGGCGCAGAGCACUCACGUUCUGCUGAACACGCCGGCCCUAGAGAAUGUAUUUACUCCGUUAGAGACCUGCGCAGCACUAUUUGCCGCCUGUAUACAUGAUGUUGAUCAUCCAGGUUUAACCAAUCAGUUUUUAAUUAAUUCAAGUUCAGAACUAGCAAUUAUGUACAAUGACGAGUCCGUACUAGAGAAUCAUCAUUUAGCAGUUGCAUUUAAACUCAUGCAAAAUGAAGACUGCGAUAUAUUACGCAAUAUACAGAAGAAACAACGUCAAACGUUUAGAAAGAUGGUUAUCGAUAUGGUGCUAUCAACGGAUAUGUCAAAACACAUGACAUUGCUGGCCGAUCUGAAAACAAUGGUGGAGACUAAGAAGGUUGCGGGAUCUGGAGUUCUACUAUUAGAUAAUUAUACUGAUAGGAUACAGGUAUUAGAAAAUUUGGUACACUGUGCUGAUCUCAGCAAUCCCACCAAACCAUUACCCAUGUACAAACGAUGGGUUGCCCGGCUGAUGGAGGAGUUCUUCCUGCAGGGCGACAAGGAACGGGCUGCCGGUAUGGAUAUCAGCCCAAUGUGCGAUCGGCAAAACGCGACAAUCGAAAAAUCGCAAGUCGGCUUCAUCGACUACAUUGUGCAUCCAUUAUGGGAGACGUGGGGGGAUCUUGUGCAUCCUGAUGCGCAGGACAUUCUCGACAUGCUGGAGGAGAAUCGUGAUUACUAUCAGAGCUUAAUACCACCUUCGCCACCUUCACUAGAUGAAGCGGAAGAUAAGAUUCGUUUUCAGAUGACGCUGGAAGAGGAAAGUGCUUCCGAAAAUGAUGAUUCAAACCGCGAGGAUAAGCCCUAGAAAAACUGCACAUCAUCAUCACCCCUGCUGUUCCCUGUCAUAACGAAUAUACAUUUAAUCAAGAACUUUACAGAAAUUUAGGCAUAUACUCAUCGCACUUAUAAUCAUGUAUAAAAAUCAGUACCCAAAAAGGAUGAAAAUAGAACACGGAAGGAGGUUGCUGGCAAAUCGAUACAAAGCAAAACAAACCAAAACAAACAAACAAACAAACAAACAAACAAACAAGCAAGCAACAAUAACACACAUGGACACAUACAUUAACAAACAAACGUACACAUACACAUACACGCGUUGGGGCUGGCUCCCUUCGCUUAAUAUAUUUAAUAAUGAAAUUGUAAUUCGUUAAUAAUUUAUUAGUUGAAAGAAAUUUUAUGAGCAACAAAGUUUUGUACGAUAAGUUACUUUAUUUUUGAUACGUCUGAGAUGUAUAUGUUGAAACCAAAAACAAAAAUUCAAAUGAAGCAAACAUACACACCACACGAAUAGCGAAAUUUAUAUCCAAACCAAAAAGCAUAAUUUUAAAUUGUAGUAGUACUAAGUACGUGACUGGGAGGGACAUAACGGUCUGCUGGGAAUUUCAAGGAAAUAUUCAGAUCGCCUCCCACAAAUAGUGGUUUUCUAAGUUUUAUUACUUUAUUCUGUAACUACUUAAAGUGAUUGUGAAAGGAAAGCAAAACCCUGUCGAAUAGAUGGCUAUAAUUUGCUGCGAUUAUUUGUUGACAAGUGAUCCCAUGUUUUUUAUGCCAUGCUUCUGUUUUGUGGAGAUAUUUGUGCAAUGAUAACCGGCAACAGAAGAGCAACAAAUGGCAAGCGAAUUCGAGUUUAUGUUGAGCCAGAGGAGAAUCGAUGAGACACAAUAUAAAAUGAGAACAAAUAUAACGGUUACAAAACUGAUGAUAUUAUACGGUAAAACAGAAGAAAAACUAUCUUAGGAUAUAAGUAGUUACUAAAUAGAAGCAAUAUCAGAGCAAGGAAGAAACAAAGAAAAGAAAGACGAAAGACAGAUUCUAUUUUAAAAGAUUGGAAAUUGAUUCUCAUUGUGGGUUCAUUUCGCAUGUUGUCUAAUCCAAGCAGUUCAUUCAAAUGUUAAGUUGCUCCAUAUUUCAAACUCAUACGAAUAUCGAAAGUCCAAAAGAUAAAUUGGCUACAGCGUGUGGAUAGAAUCAUUAUCAUACGAAGCAAAUGACAUUCGAUAAUCGAGUAGUAAUCCAUCAACAACACAAAUAUUCGAACGACAUUUUGCGUUACGAAGAAGCUACUUUCCAAAAGAUUGCUGUCGUGAUAUAAUUUCGUGACAGCAAACUGACGUUCAUCUCUGUUCUACAAACACAUAAAUUCUAAAACGCAUUCAGUCAUCAUCGAAAACUGUUGUCGAAAUCGUUUAUUUACGCAUAGAUUCAAUCCAGUUUAUCUACAGAAACAAAACAAAACAAAAAACACACAGCCACUGCAACAACAUAAAAAUCAAGAAUGCGAUCGAUAGUGUAGUAACGUGUAAGAAUAGCAGUCAAAUCUGUCUCGAAGCGGAGAACCUUCAACAAUUAGCGAACAAGACUAAUUAAUAAAUAAUUUAAAAUAAAAUGAACAAAACCAAACAAAAUUAAACAGAGAAUCAUACAAACUGUCUGAUAACGCUAGUAAUUAGUGAAAUAUUGAUGUGUAACUAGUUUCGAGAGUUAGCAAAAGAGACAAAAAAAAAAACAAGCAAACAAAACCGUGAAAAUGUAACUAGAAUUUCGAGAAAAAAUACCGAACUGUGUAGAUAGUUUAGACUAUUGGCUAAAAUUAAUUUCUUUUGUUCGUGGCCCCCCGCCGGUGCUACCAGGUAUUCCAGGUACAGGUUGCUAAUGUAUUCUUAUGGGAUCGGUAACCGAAACGACAGAACGUAAUGUUUACCAAAGUCUUCCAUGUGAAUGAAACUAAUUUGGCAUAGUGUUUUUUUUUUAAACAUCCUCGAAUAUAUCCGUGUAUGAAUUCUUUUCAUAAAAGGUACUAUGAGACUUUGUUCGUAGGGGAAUUUACGUAUUCUUGGCAACCUAAGCAUCGAUCAUCUUUCUAUAGUUUUUUUUCUCUAAGGAACGCACACAUAUACAUUAUUGGUUUGUUUACAAUCUUUUGCUGCCAGCUGCUCUAACAAUUUCAGUCGAAAGAAUUGUCACAAACUGUUUUGAAACGCAUUUACAAAGCUCCAAUCUUCUCUAGUGAGAGCGGCAACUCGAAAUCAGCAGCAUUUUGUAGUACGUGUGUUUCAUUUCAAGAAAAGCCUGCUAGAUUGCUUUUUCUCAGUAAUUUAAAUAUAAUCACAUUGAAGCUGAAAGGCUAAAGAAUCGUUUGAAUGCAUUCAGCGAAGUGUUUUCGUAAGAAAAUCAAGUGAAAUUAGCACUUCAAUUUGGGUUGCCGAAAAUAGGCUGUCAUACCGAAGCUGUCAUUUCCCCUACCUGUGAGCCUAUAAAUCGUAACUUUGUUGUAGAGUGGGUUUUGCAAACUACAGACUUGCUUAUUGGCAGAAAUACAAUCAAUUGUAUUUUGGGGCCAUUCAAUAAUUACGUAAGUAUGAUUUCCAAUAUUUCAGAGACCCCCUCCCCCCUUUUAAGACAUAGUAAGAUUUGUUGAUACCCCCAUAAGGAUCUUACCAACUUUUUUUUAAUCGUUUUUUUUCUUGUGAUCAAAACAACACUUUUUAUUUAAGCAACCAUUUAAAGAGGCAAACAAAACUUAAAGAACUUUACAGAUCAACAGGUUUUUAUGCGGAUAUAUCUAUCAGUUAAUUUAUUAUAACAUAUAAUAUAUAAAUAAAUUAUAGAAAUUCAGAUAACUUAUUUGAAAAGUACAUUCGAAAGAUCUUAUUUUUCAGUAUUUUAUAUCCAACUUUUUUUUUAAUUUUGAGUUAAAAAAAAAGUUUUAUUAGGACGUAUUUUUUUUUUUUUUUUUUGACUUUUGCGGAAAAACUCAUGAUUUAUAGAUAUAUGAUAUCUUUUUCCAAUAUUUUAAGGAAAAUCAAAACGUGAAUUUUUCGGCCCUGGCGGUAAGCUUAAUUCCUCUUAAGAGGCAACUUAACCAUCACUCGAUUUGCUUUUGCUUCUUCUUCUUAUUCUUGUAUUCCCAAAUCAUCACUUUCUAAAAGUAUUGAUAAAAUUCGAUGGUAGCGUGCGUCGCUGUGUCAAAACAGUCAAUAAAUCAUAAAUAUCAACCGGUUUGGUGAGCAAAAUCUCUUUUAUUUUUUUUUACUUUUCAAUACAACAGCAAAUGUGACGUCACACAUGCACGUGUAUAAGAAUGUCGUAGACAAAACAUUUUUUAUGAUCCUGAUUCAUCAACACUUUUUGAGCACGAAGUGUUUAGAAUCGUAUUAAUAAGUUUAUAAAUUGCUCUUUUGAUUGUCGAUUUCUCUAAAUUUAGGUGGUGAAAAGUUGAAUCUCUCACUAAGAUGUGCUCGUUCCCCCGCUGCUGGCGUGCAAAAGAACCAGUAUCAAGUAACUAACGGAUUUCCACACAUAUAAGAUCGACUCAAAUUUAAGAUUAAAUUACUCAGAAAACGUAGUUUACUUGUAGAAUGAGUAAAAUUUUCCGUGUCUCAUAAAUCUUUUCGAAUAUGACAAAAAUCGACUAAAAUUUACUCAUUUUAGAAGUACACACUCAAAGGAUAAAUCACAUAUCCAAUGGAAAAUAUUCAUUAGAAUUACACAUAACAUUCAUGUGAUAUCCCGCAUAAACGAUAACCAUAAAGAGUGCCUAACAACCUAUUCAGGUUAUCAUCCCAACAAUAUGUGGUACGGUGACACGAUUUGUGAUAUCGUUCAUGUAUGGUGCUCGUUUAUUAGGGAUCAUAAUAGGGAAUUGUACCACAAAAUCACAUGAACCUUAUGUGUCAAAAGCAAUUUAAGUGAUUUAUCAUAUAGAACUCAUGUUAUGUGAAAUUCAGAUAGAUAUCAUUGAUUUUGUUAAUGGCUAAAUAUGAUGUGCAUUCCCAAUGGAAACUACAUGAAAACUUUUUUCCGUAUACUAAUUUCAUAUGUACAUCGAGAUGUUGUUCAUAUUAGAAAACAAAUUCCUGUAAAGCUCGGGAAGUGUUACUCAGUCUAUGAGUUAACUACGUUUUCAAGAAUUUGAGUGAACUAAUCUCAACUUUGAGUUGAACUCAUUUGUCGUGUAAUCGUAAUUUAUCCUUUUAUUGAUUAUUUUUAACGUAUACGGCGUAAAUGGAUGCAUUCCCAAUUCCAAUUAGGUUCAAUUCGUUAAAAGCAGGUCAUUUUUGCUCGAACAUGGCUUUUACAGACAUUUCAAAUUUCGUAUCUAUUUCAUGACCACCCCUCCCCUCUUCAUCACACGCAAAAUAUCUGCUUAUUUUAUGCAGCCCAAUUACAGAUAUUUCUGAAAUUCACAGACAUUUUUCGCAGACUUCUGGAAAAAAAAAGAUCUGGCAUCUCUGCAAUACACUUAAAAUAUUGUCAAAAUGAGCGGGGUUAGGCGUCGCGUGAAAUUAUGGCAGUUAACGGUAUAGUGGCAUAAACGUGCAUUGCACACGAAAUGAUACCCCAGGACAAAAAUAAAGCAUCAUACGUUGCAGUUGCAGGUGUUCAACGGUUACGGUCAGCGACAGUAUUGCGCGUAUCUGUCAUUCAACGGCCAUGCAAAUGUUACUUGGAGCUUUUGUUUAUUUUUUAGGAUCUGUCUAUAGGUCGAUUUUCAUUAUGUUUUACACACAAUUUUGAAUCAAAACUCUCCAACGCCUAGUUUGGCAACUAAUCAAAUAUAUUCUGGGUUAAAUAAUAAAAUACCACCUGAAUUACCUGGUAAUGCCUGGGGAGCCAAAAUAUUAGUUGUUUUUAAUUAGUAGGACAAUAUACCAAGGAAAAGAACAUGGAGCCAUACGCAAAAUAAUUAUACGAGAUUCAUUAUGAACAAAUUGUUAGCUAACAAGCGAGGAUACAGACACAAUAGUAGUAUAUACCGUUUCAGCUUCGAUGAGUUGAAAUUUGACUGCAGUUGCCGAUAGCGUUUUGUCGGGUUUCCAAAUCGUAAUGCUGCCUACCGAGUCCCCAAUAUUAACCCACCAAUGCAAAAACAAAAUAAGAAUACACUUUACUCUCAACACAUUUCGACUGGAAACUGCCCAAAGUUCAUCAAAAUUUUGCGCAAUAAAGUGCCUCUUUAACAUAAUCAAGUAUUAAAAGUAGUAGAAAUAAUAUUAUCAGGUUUAUAGAAUGAAAAAUGUAUGAAAACGCUUUACAUGUUAGUUAUAUAAUCCUCGUGUAUUUUGCAUAGGACGUAAGAAGACAUACAAUUGACUACUCUUCCGUCAGAGAAAAAAAAAGUUUGAAAGUUUCCACCCGCUCUAAGCUCUCUUCCCAUCUCUGUCUCUCUCUCUAUUUAAGAAACUUUUAUCCCGUAUCCUUGAAUCACCCAGAGAAACCCAGUCAUAUGUACACAUAUAAAACAAAGCUCAUAAAAGUACCACCUAUACAUACCCACGCGUAAGACAACAUCGUUGCUAAAACUGAAAAUAUUUAAACUGUGACAAUGUCUCAGCUUUUUGCAAAUAUAGAUAAACAUGACUGUUUCACUUGGUUAGUGAACGAACUUUGGGCAGACACGUUCCGGCGGAUGCUAUUGAUGAUAAGAACAGUUUCCGCUCCUUCGCAGAUCAGACAAUGUGCACAUUUCUGGACAAACUAUAUUCCCUAUUCGAAUGGAAAGACGCUACAAAACGCUAAUCUCAACUGCCAAUCAAACUUCCCAUUGAAGCUCAACUUGAAUGGAACAAGAGAAAAUUAGAAAUUAAACAUUACACACACGUAUAUUUUUUAGACGCUGGCCGUCGUUAUACGCAAUGUUUUACAACAUAAAUAUAUCUCUAAGUUUCAAAUUUGUUGAUUAGUAAAGCUUAAGAAAGGUACACACAAUCAAUAAAUUGUGCCCUUUUGUUUCUCCUUCACAGUGGAUGAUAAAACGGUUCGAAAUUUAACCAAAUUGCAAAUUGCUAGCAGCGCAAAUGAAAAUAAUUCUACUGAAACAAAAAUAAAGAUGUAUUGAAAAAAAUACAACGCUAUUUACAUUACACUGAAUUGUUUGUGAUUGAACGUCUUCAUCGUUCCCAAAGGGAGUGUAUCAUUCUGAUCUAACAUUUUUUACCGGAGUGUUUUGAUUUCUACUUUUGUCCAAUAGGUGAUUUCUGCGAGCUAAAACUAAAAACAAGAACAGGACAGUUUUACGGAUGCUACGAUGUGUAUGGAAAAAUGGUUUUACUUAUUGUUAAAAUAAAUAUGUGUUUAAAACUA